UCCUUAUAAACCUUAUCUUAUAUCAUCAAUAUAUUCCCUUGUUUAAAUUUACACCCACUUUAAUAUAAUUUUUUUUUUAAAAAAAAGUUUAAUUUCCACCAAUAUGAAGUGCAUUAUUAACCUUCACUCUCCAAUAUUACUAAAAUUUUCAACCAACAAAUUCACAUUCCAAUACCAUAAAUCAAAGCCAAUUUGUCUAUUGGAGCAGCAACAUUAUGAUACUAAUUUAGCUACUGGUUUUGUAAAGAGAAAAAGGAAUCUGUUAAUUCCUCCACUUAAGGCUGUUAUUAAUUCACCUGCUGCUUCAGGAGAUUUGUCAGUUUUGCUGCAGACUGGUGCAGUAAUGCUGUUUAUUUACUGGAUUGCAAAUUUUGUGGUGCCAGAGUUCAUCAUGAAGGAUCUUCAAGAUGAAAGUACCACCAACAAUGACAAAACUGAUGAAAAAGAUAUUCUAUGAAGAUUAAUUAGCUAGAAGAACACAAAAUUCAUGUGUUUUGUUGAAUGUCUCUUUUGUACGGUUUAAAUGAAUACAACAUAUUGUAUGGAUAGAUUUUAAUGCUUUCGUAUCAAUAAUGAA